AUGACCCUUUUAUACCAGCCCAUCUCGAGAACCUUUGGGCAAAGAGAUGGAUGUCUUACUCCUAGCAAUCAGGACGAAACCAUGAAGUUCAAAAACGACAAGGCCACCCUCGGGUCCUCCAGAAACCACGAGAUCCUUUCACCUCCAGCCUCUCCUUACCAAAGACACGAAAACACAUACACAGUUUCCCCAGCCCCAGCCACAUCUACCCUGGGAUGCGUGCCUAGAGCGCUGAAGGUGUACAUGGAUAAUGAGAAGCCCUUCACUUUAGAAAACUACAAGAGCUACACGCUCACUGUGAGCCCCUGGACGCAGCUUGGCGGUAAUUACAAGGCGAGACAGAUGAACUUUUUGCGCCAAUACCAGGCUGUUUCCAAGGAGCAGCAGAACGUCCAGCUGUUGCGUUUGGCCGAAAAGAGAGCAGCUGCAGCCGUCUCCAACAAGAGAAAGAGACCCGAGCCCAAGAGAAGCAGCUCGGAGUCUGAGUCGGAAAACGACAAGGAGAAGGUCAGAACACGUAGAGUGGUGCGCGAGCACCUGGCGGCUCUUUCAGAGAUUGACAUGGACGCUUCGCGUCCUCCUUCUCCUUCGCCCAAGAGAAGAAAGGUGAAGAAGGAGACCUCUUACGCCAGCUCGCCAUUGGCUGCCCAGCAAGCUGCUCUCAUUGACGAGUCGAUCCCCGACUACUCUCCUGAUCCAGAGGAGACUUUGCCCAAGGGCAACAACCGUAGUCUCAAGAUUGAGUGGAAGGGCCAGCCUAUGGAUCUCAAGAAUGAUCCUCAGGCCGACAAGUUGCACCCUGCAGAGGUUGUGUUGGCGCUGACGUUGAGAUUGCCAGCAAACGUGUACCUCGAUUCCAAGAGACGCCUUUUCUUUGAGAAGAAGGCGUGUCGGAUCGACGUGAAUAAGGCCAGUCGGCUCUUUGCCGCGUUCGAGAAGGUUGGCUGGCUCGACGACAAGAACUUUGUGAAAUUCCUUUAG